GUCUCAGCUGUCAUGGCUGCGCGCAUACAACAUGUUAGUGGUGUUGUGAUGUUCAGCAUGAAGUUAUUACCUUUCAUUAGAAGUAAACAUUUAAAUAAGUCAGAAAAGUUCGGGAUCCUGCUGGGCAGGACUGCCUGCAGAGGAAGCCACUAUGCAUGUUCAGGAGUGCACACACAGUCAUCUGAUAGGAAGAAAUUACCAGAUACACAAUCAAAACAUCUUCCUGAAUUUAUCACGGAGAGGCUUCAGUGCUUUGAGAAGCUGAGAGCACGUCAUGAAAAGAGACUUGCAGAAAGAGUCUUAAACAAUAGCCAACCCAUCAAGAUCUCUUUACCAGAUGGAAAAGAGCUGAACGGAGAGUCCUGGAAAACGACACCAUAUGAUGUAGCCAUAAACAUUGGACCAAGCCUGGCCCACAGUGCAGUUGCUGCCAGAGUUCAUGGAGUUCCUUUUGAUCUAAAUCGGCCCUUAGAAUCAGAUUCUGCAUUGGAGUUCCUGACAUUUGACUCUCUUGAGGGACAAGCUAUAUUCUGGCAUUCAAGUGCUCAUAUUCUGGGAAUGGCUCUGGAGCAGUACUAUGGGGGGCUGCUUUGUCAUGGGCCCAGCAGUGAAAAUGGGUUUUUCUAUGAUAUCUACCUGUCUAACAGCACAGUUUCAGGCAGCCAACUUCCAGAUCUGGAAGACAUUUGUAAUGCUAUAAUUAAACAGAAACUUCCUUUCCAGAGGGUGGAAGUUGCACAGGAUGACCUGCUGGAGCUCUUUAAGGACAACAAAUUUAAAUUGCAAAUUAUAGAGGAGAAGGUUGAGUCAAGUACCACUGUAUACAGAUGUGGCUCCCUUGUUGACCUUUGCAGAGGCCCUCAUGUCAGACAUACUGGUAUAGUCAAAGCUUUAAAACUUGUUAAAAACUCAUCAUCCUUUUGGAAAGGUGAUACCGCACUAGAUGCACUGCAAAGGGUCUAUGGCAUAUCCUUCCCUGAUAGUAAACAACUAAAAGACUGGCAGAAAGCACGGGAGGAAGCCAUUAACAGAGACCACCGUAAAAUAGGAAAGGAUCAGAGUUUAUUUUUCUUUCAUGACUUGAGUCCGGGAAGCUGUUUCUUCUUGCCCAGAGGAGCUCAUAUCUAUCAGACACUGAUAAACUUUAUAAAGAGUGAAUACAGAAAACGUGGAUUUGUAGAGGUAAUAACACCAAACUUGUAUAACAACAAACUCUGGGAAACCUCUGGCCACUGGGAGCACUACAGUAAGAACAUGUUCUCUUUUGCUGUGGAGGAUGAAACCUUUUCUUUGAAGCCUAUGAACUGCCCUGGACACUGCUUAAUUUUUGACCACCGGCCUCGCUCUUGGAGAGAACUUCCACUGAGACUAGCAGAUUUUGGUGUUCUGCAUCGGAAUGAGGUCUCUGGAUCCCUUUCAGGACUAACACGAGUCCGGCGUUUCCAGCAGGAUGAUGCCCAUAUAUUCUGCACUAUGGACCAGCUUGAAGAAGAAAUCGGCGGCUGUCUGGACUUUCUCCGUGCUGUGUAUUCUGUUUUUGGCUUUACAUUUAAAUUGUUCCUUUCAACCAGACCUGAGAAGUAUUUGGGAGAAGAGGUGGUCUGGCAGAAAGCCGAAGCGGAACUUGAGAAAAGUCUAAAUGCCUUUGGUGUACCGUGGGAACUGAACCCAGGAGAUGGUGCAUUUUAUGGUCCAAAGAUUGACAUCCAAAUACAGGAUGCCAUGGCUCGCUACCACCAAUGUGCAACAAUCCAGCUGGACUUCCAACUGCCAAUUCGCUUUAACCUCAGUUACGUAGGUAAAACUGAGGGCACAGUAGAGAGACCAGUCAUGAUUCAUCGCGCAGUUUUGGGUUCUGUCGAGCGGAUGUUGGCAGUUUUAGCUGAGCAUUACGCAGGGAAGUGGCCUCUGUGGCUUUCACCAUUCCAGGUCAUGGUGAUACCUGUGGGAAUAAAUGUUGAGAGUUAUGCUCUUGAGGUACAAAGGAAGAUGCAUGAUGAAGGGUUUAUGGUGGAUGUAGAUAUUGACCAAGGAACAACUCUUAAUCGAAAAAUUCGAAAGGCCCAGUUGGCACAAUACAACUUUAUUCUGGUGGUUGGCGAAAAAGAAAAAGCAAACCAUACAGUUAAUGUGAGGACCAGAGACAACAAACAACAUGGAGAAAGUGACCUUGUAGAACUCAUGGCCAAGUUGUCCGAGCUGCAGGAUUUACGCGUCAAUAAUGCAGAAGCAAUGUUCUAAAAUGCACUUGACCUAACUGGUACAGCAGUGAGGCCACUAAAUGUGCCUCUAAGUAAGAGUAGCUGUUAAACCUGGUGAUUUUGCGCUUCUCAGACCAUUACAACAAAUACAAGACAUUUGUAAUAAUGAGCACCUGACUGUAUAAAAUAAACUACUCGUCUUGCUAUUUCUACCUUCCUGUAUCAAGGCACCAUACAGAUGAAUUUGCUACUUUCUGCUUUACAGAGGUUUAUGUACAUAAAUUAUUCCCAUAUAUUUGUUUUA